AUGAAUUGGUAUGAUUAUUAUAAUGGAAUCAAAUGGCUCAGAGUAAAUUAUGAUUAUCAAAAAAAUAUGAUAUGUGAUACCCUUGCUCUAUUUGUUAAAUCAUUUAAUGAAAUUAAGGUUGAUCUUUCAAAGAAUGAUGCAUUUUAUCGUAAAUUAGAACAUCUUAAAGAAUUAAUGAAAUCAGAACGUACAUGGACAACUGAUAAAACAUGUCCAAUUAAUCUAAACCAUAUAACAUUAAAAAAAAAUGAUCCUCCAUCUGAGACAGUAGCUUCUGAUCAAAAUCCACCACAAUUAGCAUUAACGCACUCAUUAACCUCAGAAGUUGCAGAAGGACCAAAAACUGAUUUAGAACGACAAGAUACACCGAUAUCAGGAGUUCACUUAGGAUUAGAUGAAGCAUCACGUUCACAUACUGCAUCAACAUCAAGUGGUGAAUCAGAAUUAAGAGGUACAUUAGAAUUAGAAAACGCACUAAGACCAGAAGAAGAAUUCAAAUCACACUUAUCAACAGAACUGGACAGUGGACGAAAAAAUAUCGAAAUGUUACAACGAUCACACGAAAGAGAAUUAGUAGGAACAUAUACUCAUCAACCAUUUUAUACACAUAGUUCUCCAGAAUAUAGAUAUAGAGGUGCAAGGGAUGAAGAAACGCUCAUAGGAAAUCUACAAAUUCCCCCAAGUGAUCAAGAACGUGCCUCAUCAUCAGUGAUGAGUACCAUUACUAGUGCUCUAAAGGAUGUUGACCCCGUACCAGUCGUUGGUGUAUCUGGUGGGAUGGGUGCUUUAUUCUUACUUUUUAGGUAUACUCCAGUUGGAGCCUUCUUUAGAGGAGGAAGAGGGCGCGUACGUAGAAUUCCUAGUGGUUUCCACGGACAAUUCCUAGGAGAAUUCCCAGAUAUUCAAGAUUAUUAUGGUGGAAAUAUUGGAUAUGGUCAAAUGAAUCCUCUCGCGGAAUAG